UAAUCAACUUCGGUUGGCAGAAAAAGUGCGCGUGCGACUCCUAGUUUGCCACCAUGGGGUUUGAGGAUAUGUUGACAUUUGUGCAUUCAAUGAAUAAUGGAUUACUCUGAAAGAGAUAACAAUAAAAAAAAAUCAGGCUUUCAGAGCAGAUGCCGGACAUUUUGACGUUAUUCCACUGGUUCCGAUAAAAACCUACAAGUGGGAGGACAUCCGAAGAGCCCGUAGAAGAGGAGGAUAUCCUUGGACAUACCUGUAUAAAGAAAAAUCCGAGGAAACCAGAAAUCCUGAAGUUUUCAGAAUGGAUGGGCUCAAAAAAAGCAAAAUAUCAUCUGCGUCAUCAGCAUCAGAUUCUCUGGACAUAAAGGAAAUCACGGAAGAUGAUGUCAAAGGUUUGGAAGGCAUAGACAGCUCAUAUGUUGUAAUCGAAAGUCCAAUUCUAUUAGGGAGGCGAAUUGAACCACAAAUUGAAGAUCCACAUGCGAUAGUAGAAUCAGCUGACAGUUCAGAUAAUAUCAGUCAAUAUUUGGAAAAAGAAGACAUAGGGCUGGAACAAGAGUUGGAGAGUACUGAAACACUCACUCUGCCCACUCCUAAUACCACCAAAGAAAAUCAAGAAAAACAUACCAAGAGAGCAAAAUCUGAAGAACCAAACAGAAAAAAAAAGUUAUCUAUGGAAAGCAAUUACAGCAGAGUAAGUUUGUCUAAAUCUAAUGUGAUAAGAAGGCUGAAGAAUGCUAAAGAAAAGGUGAGAUUACCAAAGUUCGUCUUUAAAACGAGGACGGAAAGCAAAAUUGAAGCAGAAAUAGCAGAGAGACCAAUAGAAAAACCAGAACACCAAUGUUUAUCAACUGAAACAGAGAAACCUUUAUAUAUACAUAUCCCCCUGAAACCUCCAGAGGGGGAGAAGGAUGAGUUUUCUCAUUUGGAAUUUGAAGAAAAACCGCCAAAUUUGCCUGCAGUAGUUCAAAUGAAAGUAACUGAAGAAAAUGACAAUGAAAAAAAUGGGGAAAAUUCUUUUGAUGAAGCAGAAUUGACUCCGAUCGCAGAGAAACUGAAUGGAAUCAACUUAGGUUUCAGUGUACCGAAUGAUCAAGAAGAUGAUGUCAGUGCUAUAAUAUUUCUCGACGAUGAAGAAGGAUGUAUCAAAAGAGAAGGGUUUGAUAUAAUUGCUGUAGAUAUAGACAGAAAUUGCCAAGAGACGAAAAUGAGCCAAAUCGUGAACACUGAAGUCUGUCGUCAAGUACUAGAGAAUAUUGAGAAAGUAGAAUCACAGCCAGAUAGUUACAAGAACAUCGAAGAUUCUUCUGUGAAUUUGGGCGGAUCUUCGAGUCAAGUGAGUAAAACUUCGAAAUUAAGUGUACUUAAAAAAAGAGCAAAAUCUGCGGAACCCGGAAAGCAAAGAAGAGGUUCCAUAGACAGUAGCUACAGUAGAAAAAGUCUAUCAAAAAUUGGACUCCUGAAAAAACUCAAACAAUGCCAUUUUCCUCUUGUGAAGACUAAGAAAUCGAUAACCGAUAGUAGAUCGGAAAAAAUUGAUAUAGCUUUUCACGAAGAAGUUUCUAGAAAAGAAGUCCACAAUGAAGAACUACGCCCAGUUUACAUCCACAUACCUCUCAAACCUCCUCAAGAACAAACAGAUCAAUUUUCACAAUUAGAGUUCGACGCAGCACGUCCUCCUCCACCGAAGAUCGAAAAAGAUGACACAACCGAAUAUGAUAUGAGUGCUAUAGAUACUCCACAAUCUUUUGAAGGCCCACAGUUUAUACUAUUAACACCGUCGUCUGAUGAUGAACUCCUAGAUAUACCAGAAAUACCGGACACUCCUUUCUCUGAAUCAGGAAAUAUUUUCCAAUUAGGAGAACUCCAACAGCUUGAAAAGAAAGUGGUGGAUGAAAUUCAAGGACCCCUUGAGUCUCUUAUUGAAGAAAUAGAUAAAGAGAACACUCUCCAAGCAACAGUGGACACUAGUUAUGAAAAUGGGAGUGAAGAGGAAAAGGAUCCCAGAAAUGAAGUUAAGUUGACAAUCGAUGAAGAGGAUGGUCUGAAAUCCAAUCCUUCAACAAAUCUGGAUGUCAAGGCGAAUUUUGAGUCGAAUAAGAAAGCAGAAUAUUUCCCAUCAUCAAAAAAAAGAGUUUCGUUUAAGAGAAGAAAAUCAAGCCAAGCCUCCAGAGAUUAUGGAUAUGAAGAGAUUGAAUCGCCAACUUACGCAUUUGGGGAUGAUAAUGAUCCUGAUAUGAAAAACCAAAAACAAAAAGAAACCACUUCGUUUGAGGAGAAUAACAGAUGGUCUAAACUAAGUGAUCAUGAAUAUGAACCAGUCAAUCCACUACCGGAGGAGAGAACCGAAACUACACCUUCAAAAUUCCAUGUAUCUGAAGCAUUGAAUCCGUCCAAUCCAAAACUGAACGAUGAAUUCCAUUCUUCAGUGAAAGAAAUCCAAUUCGAAUUAGCUGGCAAUGUGAGCAACAAACAAAGUACUUCACCGAAACUUGUUAUCGAUCUGAAUGUAGAAUCAGAAAACAGUCCUAGUAGUAACUUCCAUUUCCCAAGUUCCUUAAGAAGCACAUCUAGGGAGAAAGGGUCUGUGACUCCUAAAAAAUUCCAGACAGCCAUCAUGGAGGGCGCUACUAAAUUCAAGAGGAAACUGCAAGAAAUGAAGAAACCAUCCAUAUCGAUGCCAUCCUUCAGAAAACCCAACUUUGACUCACCGAAGUUAAAAGAUAUUACCUCCACUUUUCGAAGAAUCCCGAAAAGAGAUAUUGAAGCAAGAGAAAUGGGAAUAGAUUCCUCUUCCAACAGCAAAGUAAUUUUGGAUUUCUCCACCUAUCCUAGGCUUUUUAAGAAGAAGAAGAAGCAAGAUCGAGAUUCCGUUAGUUUGAGAGAAGAUAACAUUGAAAAAGUUGGAAAAACGACAUGGCCGGUACGAAAAAGUGAGGUGCCCGAAAUAAUCAGGAUUCCAUUACAUUCAGAAGAAUCCAUGGACCAAGAAAAUGGAAGUUUUCCUCAGCCAGAAGAAAUUUUAGAAGUGGGCCCAAACAGUGACACCAAUGAUGCAUCAUCUCUUCAAAGGUACCACGAAGAUACCGAAGCGGACGAUGAAGAUACUUCACAAAAAGAAAACCAAGGAAGAUUGAGGGGUGCACUACAACAAAACGAAAGCUUCGAAACAAACCACUACAGAGAUUUGGGCUCGUCUGGCAGCUCCCUAAGUCAACAUAGACAAGGUGUUCUGGAAGAAAUCGACUCUGAUCAGUUCUUCUUGAGGGUAAAGGGUAUAUCUCAAGAUAACAUUGACGUGGGAAAAUAUUUGAGCUUUGAGAUUAGAGAAGCCUUCAGAUCACCAACGGACGCCUUAACACAGAUCCAUUCCUACAACGAUGAGGUAAUCAGAGCUUCUAACCAAUCUCUUCCUGAUAUGAAGAUAAAACUAGUGAAAAAGUCGAAAAGAAGGAAAACACCACACACGUCCAAGGAACAACUGAGAAACGAACCUGGAUCGGAAAAAAAGGACUACAUUUUCAUGCCACCUAUCAGACCAAAAAGAAAAAGUAGAAGAAGAAAACAAGAAUUCGACACCGUACCGUUUUUUGAGACCAUUCCACUUACCCCAAGGGAAAGAAUGGAAAAAUCACUUGAUGAUGAAGAAGGCCCACCCCAUUACGAAAACGAUCAGAUAAAGGAUGGGCAGAUAAUCGAAUCUUAUAACGAAUACAAGCUUCAUGCUAUGGAACUCCACGAUGCACACCGCAGAGCUUCAGAGCCCACACCAGCUGCUCCUCCCAGGAAACACAAAAGCUUGAAGAGCUUAAACGCGUCCGAACACGACUCAAUAUUUCAGGAUCAUUUGGAAAACGACGAAAUAAAUACUAUGAAGGGGGAAAUUGUUUCCAUGAAGUCGGACAUCAUGCAACCUUCGAUCAAUCUUGAAAUACCAAAAGAAAUUUGUGAAGCACCAGCAAGAAGUCCUUCCAAAAUGAAGUCAGUAUCGAGGAUAUCACCAGCUGACAGGGAGUCAGUUCUAGGUGAAAUGGACUCAAUCUUUUUCAAUGAAAAUUUUGGGGAGCCGGUUGUUGAGGAACCUUUCAUCAAAGACCUUCGAGACUCUAUGGGAUACGCUAUAGUUGACAAAAAUCAAAACAAGAACUGGGAACAUAAAUUCUGUACGAUUUCGAGAUCUCAGGGCUGUAGCGAACGUCCAGAACGCCCUCUUAGAAAUUAUAGUACUCUUGGACCAAGAGGAACAGCACGGAAGUUGAGCAGGAACAUGACGGAUGAAGAUAAAGAGAAUAUAGAUAUAAGUAAAUAUAUUGAAGCAGAUGGCGAAAGAGAUCUACAAUCUGGUGAAAUUAUCCAAAAAAUACAGAAUCGACCUCUCCCUGCUCCUCCUCGACCACCACGAUCCAAAUCAAAAUCUUUGGGUGAUGCCAAAUCGAAGUUCAAUAUUGAAGAUUAUUGUGUAGGAGAUCUGAAAUGCGAAGAUAAAUAUCAACUUGAUGAAAUAGAGGUUUCAACUCAAACAGAACCGCUGCCGCCAGAUUUUCAGUUUGAAGAAAUGAUACAUGAUGAAACUGACAAAAUGAUGACACCAUUAGCAUCACGGAAAAGUAGGACCGAAAAAUCAACUGAUAUCCACAUAUUAUCAAAAUUUAAAAUCAAAGAUGAAAUAGUUCUCGACACCCCGAAAGAAUUUACAGAAGAAACUAUUACUCAUGGUCAGUUACUGGUGGAGCCAAUAAACGGAGCCCGAAUUUUGUCAGAACCGAAUAUGUCUAAUAAAAAAAACUUUUCAAUGACGAAUGAUGAUUGUGAGAUAUCCAACGUUCCAGAAUUUUUCAAUAAUCUUUCAGAGCCUAUAGAUCAUGCAGAAGAUGAUACAAAAACUGAAAAUUUUUUAGAUCGUCAGGAAGAAUUUGAUGAGAGGUUUAAUGAAGAGUUGGAACUUAAUAAGUUGGAACUAAAUAAGUUGGAUCAAGGUUCAGCCAAUGUUGAAACAAACACAGAAACUUCAAAGCGCCAACUGGAUACACAGAAAACACUCAAUACUAAAACGAUGAGAAGUAAUUACGAAGAACCUCAAAGACCUACAGCACUUUCACAGAAAAACGAAAGUCUUGAGUUAUUAAAAAUUCAAAAACUUGAUGUUACAGAUUUGGAUGUGGAAAAACUUAUCGUCAAUGAAUUGAUAGCAAAUAAAAUUAUCAUUUCGGAAAUUGAGAGUUCAAAUAUAUCGACUAAUAAAAUCACUUCAACAAGCGGAACCUCGAGUCUGGAGUUACAACCAUACGAACCAGAUGCUGUGAGAAAAUUGUUAGAAAAAUGGGAAGAUUCGCCUGAGGAACAGCAUUCUGGAGCAAGCAAAAGAAAAGUGGACGUUAUCACAGAAGAUAAGAAUGUUCUUGAAACAUCCUUUGGUCAAGCUUCAUCGAUUAUACCUAUUUCAUUAGCCUCCGGUUACGUUGAUUCAACACCAUCACAAUAUUCAGAAAUCAACAAUGACAUAUCAAUCGACCAGAAACCUAUUUCAGAAAAUUCUAAUGAUAUUCUUUCAUUACCCAAUGAACAUUGCAGAAAGCUAUCCCAAAAUAGAGAAGAUUUUGGAUUAGGUUUUGGUAUACAUAAUUAUUCACAAAGUGCUGAAUACCCAUUAGUGAAAGGGGUUUCAAACAUUGAGAACUCAUCAAAUAAUUAUACCAAAUCAAAAAGUGGAAAAAACAUUUCGAAUUCUGAACCAAUUUCUUUCAAAAACUCAGAUACAACAAAACAAUUCGGUUCAUUUGAACACUUGCUUAAAGAAACACCGAAAGAAAACAUUUCAAAUCAAGAAAUGCAAGAUACAAACUAUGAGGUGAUGGAACAGUCUGUUCAGAAAAGUAUGUGGAAUUCCGAUGAUGAUUUUGAAACAAGUAGUAACUUUGGCGAUGAAUAUGAAAGAAAUAUUUCGUUACUCAGCAAUGAAAAAUUUGAAGAAGCAUCAGAUAAUAGACAAUCUCCUGCUCGACUUCCUAGAUGUCCUGACAAAAAACCGAUUGCUUCUGAAACUAGGUCCGCAGAAGAUGGAAAGCUAUAUUCGGAAUCUCGAAACUCCAUUCAAAAACUUAAAGAUGUCAAGAUAAAAACGGAAAGGAGUUGCAAUAUUCCUGAUUCUCCACAGUUUCAAUUAAUUGAACCAGAUGUUGAUGAUGAGCUCCCUUCAAGGCCUCCACACGUCUGUAUUUUUUCAGUAUCCUCAAAUGAACUUUAUGCACCAAGCAGAGACACAAACUCCUCACUAAGGAAACAAUAUUACGCUCAAGAUUUACCUGAGGAGAGCCCUUUGGUGUCUAAUAGGAAACAUUGUCAUAGAUCCGCAACAUUAUCUGAGAGUUCAUCUGAACCCAGCAUUGUGCGAAUAUCGAAAAGAAAGGGCGGAUCUCCUGAGCUUUCCAUACCGCACUUGAUAUAUCAGCUGAUACGAGGAUGUAGCAUAGUUGCUCGUCAUAAACUAAAUAGUCUGAUUCAUGGGAUAAAUAGCAAAGUUUCGAAUGAUGUCGAUGCUGAUAACAAUAAGGAAAUUGUUCAAGUGUUAGUAGUAGUUUUGUUGAUUUUAAUUGCAGUUUUGUUAUUGAUGAAUGAUCGCAAGACAAUUCAUUUACACCAUUGGGAAUAUUUCAAUCCUCCCACUGAUUUAUAACUUCUUCAAAUUUUUUACGAGCUAUGAGUUUCGUGAGAAAUUAUUUGUUAUGUUAUUGUUGUCCACCUACAUCUUAGAAUAAAGCGAAUUCUAUAGUAA